AUGGGGUUGACAUCAAAGUUAGAAAAAUUGAAAUUGAAGAGCGGCGAUGAAAAGCAAAAGUCUAAUAGCUCGGUGAACGAAGCAGCAGAAUCUGAAAUAGUGAGCCCCUCAGAUUCACAAGAGAAGACAAAGAAAGAAGACACGAAUGGCGAAUCUUCAGGUGAAUAUGGUGAUACGGAUGACAUUGAUGAAAUAGAUAAUGAGGGCCAAUCGAUUUUAUUGGCCAUUAUUGCACAAUUAAGGCCAGGAUGUGAUCUUUCUAAAAUUACGUUGCCUACUUUCAUACUUGAAAAGAAGUCAAUGUUGGAAAGAAUAACUAACUUUUUUCAGAUUCCAGACAUAUUAAUUGAUGCCAAUGCUGAAGAUGAUGAUUUGCGUAGGUUUAUUUUGAUUGUAAAGUGGUAUUUGGCAAGUUGGCAUAUUGCCCCCAAAGCGGUUAAAAAGCCACUCAACCCAGUUCUUGGAGAAAUAUUCUCUUGCUAUUGGGACAAGUUACCUGAUGGAAGCUCUGCUUAUUAUGUCGCUGAGCAAACUUCACAUCAUCCUCCAAAAUCUUGUUAUUUCUAUUUAGUACCUGAGCUCAAGAUUAAGGCUGAUGGAAUUUUGAUUCCUCAGUCAAGGUUUUUAGGAAACUCGUCGGCUGCACUUAUGCAUGGCUGGGCUCAUCUCACGUUUGGUCAAAGAGAUGAUGAGACGUACAUAAUGAACCAGCCUAAUAUUUAUUGUAGAGGUAUCUUAUUUGGGAAGCUUAAAUAUGAGCUAGGAGAUCAUAUGCUAAUUGAGUGCCCUAAAACUGGAUAUGAAGCGGAUAUCGAAUUCAAAACUAAAGGUUUUAUAAGUGGAACUUAUGAUGCCAUCGAGGGUACAAUAAAGAAUACCAAAACGUCCGAAUCUCUUUAUACUAUUACAGGUAAGUGGAACGAAAUCAUGUACAUCAAGGAUAAUAAGACUGGUAAAAAGGAGGUAUUAUUUGAUUGCUCGAAAACAAAAUCCUUUAAGCCAAAAGUUAGGCCUCUUAAUGAACAAUUCGAUAAUGAAUCAAGAAAACUUUGGGGUCCUACCUGUCAAGCAUUAGCCCAUAGAGAUCACCACAAAGCUACGGAAGAGAAAUCUAAGGUCGAAGAUUAUCAGCGUGUGUUAGCGAAGAAAAGAGCUGAAAUAGGCGAACCUUUUGAGCCCAAGUUGUUUAAAGAUGUUACUCAUAAAGACACGGACCCAGAGCAUUUAGAGUACGUAAUUUACAAAGACUUUGAUUUACUGAAGGAUCCAGACGAAUUGAAGAAAGAGUUCCUUGAUAUGGUACCAGUAUUACCUGGUCAAGAAAGUAAUGAUAAUAUUAAUGUUCCUGCUUCUGAGAAGUCAUAG